GAAACUUAAUAUUUGUGGAAUAAAAGCAUAUUUUCUGUUAUCUAAAGGGAGGUCACCACUGAAAAUGAAAUGAGUUCUUCUUUGGCAAACGCAAAGAAAGAUGUAGUUGCAAAAGGAGAACCUACAGAAUUACCACCAAACCAAGGUGGGGGUGCAGAUGCAGAAAUAACACGAAAACAAGAUAUAGUACCAAAUGAAGAACCUACAGAUUUAACACUGAACCAAGGAAAAUCUGGAAAAAGAACAUCAAAACAAGAAGAGAACAUCACUGAAAAUGAAACGGAAUUUUCUGUGACACAAGCGAAAGAUGAAGGAGAUACAGAUGCAAAUAGAAAACCUACAGAAUUCACACCAAACCAAGGCGCGGAAACGGACGCAAACGACAAAUGUGCAGACAGAACACAGAAAAAAAGAAAUGAAAAAGGAGGGGAACUCACAGAACCAAGCAAAGGGGCUAACGACAGUAAGUGUUUGGAGGAAAGUCCUCAUGCUGAACAUAAAAACCCAGAUUCCACUCUGACUAUACAAACUGUGAUUGAUACAAAUGAGGGUCUUUUGAUCAAAAUUGAACAACUCGAACACAAAAUUGAAGAUAUAGCAAACGACAGAGAUGAAAAAGAAAAGGGAAUAGAAGAAUUCUGUAAAAAGGAUAUAGAGAGUCAAACGAAAAUGUUUACACUUCGGGAAGAAUUAAAGGCAUUGGAAACAAAACAUGAAAGGGAAAUGAAAGAAAGAAAUGCCAAAAUAAAAGAGAUUGAAAAGGAAAAUAACAAAUACAAGAAGAAAGAUGCUGACAAUGAAAAAUAUAAAAGGUCAGUUCAUGAACGUAUUAACAGUAUGAGCAAAGAAAUAAAACAACGUGACGAUAAUAUAAAAAAGCAAAAUGAAGAAAUUAAACAACUGAACGGAACGGUGAAACAAUUAGAGACACGAAGACAAAAGUAUGAAAAUGAAUCUAAAUCAGAAAUACAAACUCUAAUUAAGAACAUUGCGAAACUGAAGGCAUAUAUCAAAGAAAUCGAAAAUACACACAAGACAGAAGUUUAUAAUUUGAAUACAGACAUUCACGCUGAGAGGCAAAAUCGCUUUGCACUAACCAGGAAGUACAACGAUUUAGUUCAAAGAUUACACACUGUAGAAGGAGAGAGACAUUCUCUGACAGAAGAAAAGAAGGAAUUAUUACUAAGGUUAAGUAAAGUAGCAGGUGCAAAUUUGACCUACAACAAUCCAAAUAUAGCGGACCUUAGUGAUGAAAAACGACCAACAAAAUUAGCGGAGGAGUUUUCGGAACUUUAUGAUAACGAGUGGACAGAUGUCUUUGAGGAACUAGAUUUUGAAACAGAAAAAGGAAAGACUAAUUUCAUGCUUGACAUUCUUAAGAGAACUAAUGCAAUCUGUAGUGAUCUUUCAAAUAGUCACACCAAGAGGAUAAAGGACGCGUUUUGCAGGCUUACUACUACAAGUCAUAACACGUUGGCAAAUGUUGUGAAACAGUCAAAAUUAGAGACAAUGGAAGUUGUACCAUCAGAUCAAAAGGAAACAAAAGUUGAAAGCGUUGAUAACGACAUGGAUCUAGUAAAAGAAGGAAACAACGUUAACAAUGAAUCGCACGAUGACGACGAGCAAAUAGAUAAGGUUCUCAAAAAUAAGUUUGAACUUGAAGAAACAAUAGAGAAACAAGAUAAAACAGACAGUUGCAAAGUUACAGAAUCUAUAGAAAUGAGUGUUCAAAGUAGAGAAAACAACUUGGAGCAAGUACGAGAGGCUAAGCGUGAUAGCAUAGAAGAGAAUAAAUUAAGGAUAGCCGAACCACCAAAGGUAAAUUUUUCAGAUGAAAGCAAAGAAGGCUAUUUAAGUACGGUAAACGCUGACCAAAAUAAAUGCAAGGCCAAUAAGGACAAAAAAGAUGAGAAAUGUUAUGCAAAAGUUUGUUUGAAUCACGUUUAUUGCUGUAUAAUACAGAUUCCAGAGGCAAAGCAUGAUAACAAAGAUAAAGGACAUGAAGAGAAGGAAGAAGGAAACACCGAGCCACCAAAGAAAUCAGAACUUGAGCAUUCUAACACGGAAGGAAAUCCUGAAGAGAAUGAAGAUGAGACUGGAGUUGAAACACCUGAGGCGCCAAUUGAUGAAAGCAUAGAAGGCCAUUUAAAUACGGAUAAUGCAGACCAAAAUAAAUGCAAGACCAAUGAGUACAAAAAAGAUGAGAUUCCAGAGGCAAAGCAUGAUAACAAAGAUAAAGGACAUGAAGAGAAGGAAGAAGGAAACACCGAGCCACCAAAGGACGAAAGAACUGCAGUCAAUUCAAAUAUGCUUAGCGAUGACAAAAACGAAAGCAAGGCUAAUAAAGACAAAAACUAUGAGAAAUCAAAAGUCGAGCAAAAUAACAUGGACGAUAAUCCUGGGGGGAAUAAAGAAGAAACUGAAGUUAAAACAUCCGAACAAACAAUUACGACAGAGGAGGCACAUCAUGCUGGAACAGAUAAAGAAACUGAGAAAAGAAUCGAAGGAAAUGCCUUACAACCAAAGCAGGAUGCUGCAAAUGAAAAUGCAAAUGAGUUUCAAAGUAAUGGAACAUCAGGGCAACAGCAUGAUAACACGGACAAACCACCUGUAGCAAAUCAAGUUGCAACACCCGAAUCACCGAUAAAAGAUAAAACUGAUAGUGAUGCUAUGGAAGCACCAGAAGCAACACACAGUUCGAUGGAUGAUGUAACAGAGACAACAACGGCAAUACGGAUUGAAUCAGACUUUGAAUUGCUUCAAAAAGAGCAAAAGAAAACAAUAAUGGACGCAAAGAACUUUUUUGAAAAUCAAUUGGCGAAGGAAGUCGAAACGACUGUCGCAGACAUAAUUGGCAAGGCAUUCCAUGCAGACUCGGAGAAGACGACUCUAAAGACCUAUAUCCAAAAGUGUGUGAAUAUUUGCUGGUCAAUGUACCGCCAUAACCCACCAGUCUUUAUAGAACUUCCUGAACUAAAGGAAUCUACUCCUUUUGAUACCAACAAAUACAAACCUUACACAAGUUCUGGCAAAUUUAUUGACUAUAUAGUUUGGCCAGCUUUAUACUUACAUGAGGACGGCCCAUUAUUGUGUAAGGGAGUAGCCCAAGGACUGGGAAACAAAAAAUCGAAAUAAAACUUAUAAGGGUUUUCAGUCUUAAAAUGUUUUGAUCAAAGUGUUUUGUUUAUAUUGUUGCUUCAACGUUAAUUAUAAAAAUGAUUCCUAAAUGACAUGACAUUAUCGUAAUAACAAUAUCCCUUAAGGACCCUUAUUGAGUUUUGCUCAAUGUAAUUAAGUUAAUAAAUUGAAUAGAAAGUUAGACAGUGUAUACUGCUUAAAUUCCAAAGUUGUAAAUUCCUAAUAGCAUCGUAUAUUUCAUUGAAAUUAACAUCAUUUGAACAACAUUAUUUGAUUGGUGAAAUAACAGUUUUUACACUUACCUUCAUGAUGAAAGUCAUUCUAAUAUAGUUGUUUUCUGUUGUUUGUUUAUCAUUUUUACCUGUCUUUUGAGAAAUGUAAAGUUCAAACAUGUAUUUUUGUAAUCAGAUUGUAGAUGUUUAUCUUGUAUUUGAUUUAUUGUUUAUGAGGGUCAAACUAAACUGUAAUCGUCUUAUAGUGGCUUUCCAGCUGUCCUUACGUAGGACAACGUCCAAAGACCUUCUGUUAAUUAUUUCAGGCACCUAAAUCUCAUAUACUAGCAUUAAAUCUUUUGUCCCUGCUAUAGAAAACUGCCAUAAUAACAAUAUCCUGAUAAUUAUUUUUGAAAAUAGGUUGAUAAAAAUGUAUAUUAAAAAUGUGAUUCACUCAUUAUAACGAACUAUUGUCAAUUAGCUGUUUUUCAUCUUUGUUGAUUUUACAAAUUUAUCGCAUAAUAUGGUUGGUUCCAAUGAUUGGAUCAAUCUGCUAAAAUAUCUGUUAUUUUCAAUUAAUUUUCAAAUAAGCCCGCACAACAAUCCUGGAAUAACGUCUUAGAUAAUGUCAUUAAUGACAUUAUCUUUGUCCAGAUGUUUAUUCAAACAGCGCUCCAUUAAGGAAGUAGGAUGCAUGAUUAUGUUACUCGUGCUUACAAUCGCCGAAUGCACGUUUUUAGAAAA